AUGGUUGAGAUGACCAAGGAGGUGAUCUCGUAUAAACCUGCGCCAAACAAUUUCAUUCUCUUCGUCCUCAUCAGCCAAGUGGCCCAAAGCUGCGGGACGCGGAAAGAUGCGCUGGAGUGGGUUCUUACAACACUAUCCGUCCCACUUCGCGAGCCAACGCAGCGCACACUAAAAACAACGUCUCCGCUUGCGAGUGUUCCCCGGGGCCGACCACGGAAGUCCAAUACAGGGGGCUCUGUUAAUAACCAUGAACCCCCUGCGUCGACAUUGCUUCGGAGCAAAGCCAGCCCACCUGAGCCAAGCAGAGUCGAUACCUUUGAGCAGAAUGGGCUGACGGCGGGAAACGUGCUUGACGAGAGCAUUGCCGUCUUGCCCAACGCAGGCGAGGAUGUUCCCCAGCUUCUCCAUGCUGUUGCCGCUUUUGGCAAAGAGUAUGCUGCUGAGCCUCGCAGCCGCAUGAAGCUUUUGGAGGCCGCUCGCUCGUUGGUCUACGCCCUCGAGACACCACGGGAGGCCAUGAUAAGGUAUUGCUGGGCACAGUCCAGCACCUUUGGGGCGAUCGAGACCGGGAUUGAUAUGGGGCUUUUCCACAUCUUAGCCAAAGAUGAUAAGCCCAAAACGGUUUCCGAGCUUGCAAACGCAACAAAGUCCGACCCAACUUUACUCAGUCGCAUCCUCAAACACCUUGCCGCAAUGGGUGUUGUUGUUGAAGCCGGAGCCGAUCUCUACCGCCCGAACGGGUUGUCAAAGACCCUGACAAUUAAGAAAUACUUUGAUGGCUGGCCUUGCAUGACCGGCUGUGUCACUUCCGCUGCUCAUGCAAUGCCCGAAUUCUUUAAAAAGCGUGGGUAUAACAAUCCAAACAAUAUAAAGGAUUCACCCUUCCAAAUGGGUUUCAAUACGGAUCUUAACUUUUUCGAAUACUUGGGAGCAAACCCCAAGGUUGGUAGCGAAUUCAACAAUCAUAUGUCUGCCUAUCACCAAGGCCGAUCCAGCUGGAUGGACCCCGGGUUUUUCCCGGUUGAAGGACGCCUCUUUGAUGGUGCCAAGGCUGAAGCGGAUGCGCCUCUCAUCGUUGAUGUCGGUGGCAGUCUUGGACAUGAUUUGAUGGAGUUUAAAAAGAAAUGGCCCAGACAUCCCGGCAAAUUGAUUGUGCAAGAUCUUCCGGAGGUGAUCAAAGAAACCCGAAAAUCCGUUGACCCGAACAUCAAGGCAAUGGAACAUGACUUCUUCAAAGAUCAACCUAUCAAGGGGGCUCGCGCAUAUUUUAUGCACUCCAUUCUUCAUGAUUGGCCAGAUGACAUUGCUGUGAAGAUUCUUACCAACCUUGUCAAGGCUAUGGAGCCUGGGUAUUCGAGACUUUUGAUCAAUGAGAACGUCAUCCCUGAUAUCGAUGCGUACUGGGAAACGACCUCAUUGGAUAUUAUCAUGUUGGCCCUGUUUUCAUCCCAGGAACGCACCGCAAAGCAUUGGCAUCAGUUGUUGGGAUCUGUGGGUUUGAAAAUCGUCAACAUCUGGACGGUAGAGAAAGGCACAGAAAGUUUAAUUGAGUGCGAGGUGGUGUAGAGCAUUCCCACACAUGCAGCCUAGUUGGGAGAGGAGAAAGCUCAGUUGACUCCCAUUCAUCGAUGUUUUGACGUUGAGCUCUUCGAUGCAAGAUACGUAUUUCGUUCCGUAGGAAUUAUCAUAAUAUAUACCCAAUUGCCAUGAUCUUGCAUGCCUUAUUCGGGAUCAAAUGUGCCAAAGAGCUAUCAAGGCCCAUCAUAACCAAGCUGCUAAGCUCCAUUUAUAGCGGAGCCAAGUUCCUGCCCAGCUCAUAUCAGUGCUAUUCCACAGUCGCAAGUGUGCGAUUGAUCCUUCGACCUUAUGACCGGGAAGGCAUAUU